AUGGGCUCCCAAGUGGAUUCUUCCCCAGCUGCGUCUCCAGUCAGUCCUCAGAGACCGGUGAAGCGGGGCCCUGGAAUUACAGACGGCCAGACGCAGAUCACGAAGUCCGCUGCUCGAAUCUCGGCGCCUGGCACACUGCCCGGCGCACAGGGGCCGCCCAACAAAUGCAGCGGCAGCGGGAGCAUCGGCCGCCGCCCACGGCGCAAGUGGGAGGUGUUCCCGGGCCGCAACCGCUUCUACUGCGGCGGCCGCCUCAUGCUGGCCGGCCACGGCGGCGUCUUCGCGCUCACGCUGCUGCUCAUCCUCACCACCACCGUCCUCUUUUUCGUCUUCGACUGUCCCUUCCUGGCCCGCCAACUGACCCUCGCCAUCCCCAUCAUCGCUGCCAUCCUCUUCUUCUUCGUCAUGAGCUGCCUGCUGCAGACAAGUUUCACCGACCCUGGGAUCCUGCCCCGGGCCACCGUCUGUGAGGCAGCCGCCCUGGAGAAACAGAUUGACAACACAGGCAGUUCCACGUACCGGCCACCGCCUCGGACCCGGGAGGUGAUGAUCAAUGGGCAGAUGGUGAAGCUGAAGUAUUGCUUCACCUGCAAGAUGUUUCGGCCGCCCCGGACCUCACACUGCAGCGUCUGCGAUAACUGUGUGGAGCGGUUUGACCAUCACUGCCCCUGGGUGGGCAACUGUGUGGGGAGACGGAACUACCGCUUCUUCUAUGCGUUUAUUCUCUCCCUCUCGUUCCUGACGGCCUUCAUCUUUGCCUGCGUGGUCACCCACCUGACACUGCGCUCUCAGGGAAGCAACUUCCUCUCCACUCUGAAGGAGACACCAGCGAGUGUGCUGGAGUUGGUGAUCUGCUUCUUCUCCAUCUGGUCCAUCCUGGGCCUCUCAGGGUUUCACACUUACCUCGUCGCCUCCAACCUGACAACUAAUGAAGACAUCAAAGGGUCAUGGUCCAGCAAGAGGGGCGGUGAGGCCUCCGUCAAUCCCUACAGCCAUAAAAGUAUUAUCACCAACUGCUGUGCUGUGCUCUGUGGCCCCCUACCUCCCAGCCUGAUUGACCGGAGGGGGUUUGUGCAGUCCGACACCGUGUUGCCCUCGCCCAUCAGAAGUGACGAGCCAGCCUGCGGAGCCAAGCCCGAUGCCAGCAUGGAGGACACCUGUCAGGAUUUUGCCAUCUCCUGCACAGCCUGAGGGGAGCUAACAGGCCUCUUUGCAGAGGGUUAGCUGUGUGUGCGGGGGCUUAAGGACCUCCUGAGGACCGCUGUUCUCUGCCUUUCCAGGAGUGGCCUGGGGGGAGCCAGGCACCCGGCACCUCCACCUGCCUAACCUGUGGCCCAUCUGCCACCGUCUGUGCCUCCAGGGUCUGCCCCCAAGCCUGCCCCAUACGUGUGCUCUCUAGGGCACCCCCACAGGGGGCAAGGGCUGGCCUCUCUGCCCCACCCCUCCACGCUGGCCAGAGUGUAGAAAGCCAUAACGCAGCUGUCAGCACAAUGAUGUAAUACCAUGCUGAAAUCCGCCCUCCCCUCCUUCACUUUAUUUCCCCUUCCCCAGAUUUGUAAGGUGUCAAGAGUCUUUAGGAAUCUUGCCUUACAGCCUGCCCCCCCAGAAUCAGGCAUAGCCACAGUCGAGCUGAGCAGGUUUCUUCAGGAGCCGUCUGGGGUGUUGAUGGUUGAUGACGCUGCUGAACAAGUUUGGUGACUGUUCUAAGCACAACUGGUUUGACGCUGUUCCCACGGUCCCUUCCCCCCUCACCCGGAGUAGGUAGGACGUGAGGAGGAUGCUUGUACUCUGUGCUCCGAGCACUGAGGGAGCUCUGACAGCCCUGUGUUCUUCAGAGGAACUAAAGGAAACCGGGUCGGGCCUAGGAACCUCCACUGAGCCCACGACUGGGGGUGCUUGUCUGCUGUCCUGUACCUUUUUUAACCAAAAUAAAGAUUUCCCUCUUCUUGCCAUA